AUGGACAUCCCUAUAACUGUCAAACCAAUGAAAAUAAAUGUUCAUAUAAGUAUUUUAUUUUAGAACCAUUUGCCGGUUCGUUAAGUUUUCUAUAAAUGUUUAAUUAGUAAUACGGCGAAAAAAGCGAAAAUAGUAAUUAAAAUGACUAGAGAAGUGGACAUCAAGGCUUUGGUAUCGCACAUAGUGCGUGGAGAUGGGAUGGAUAAAUGCAGAAUAUGCAUGGGCGAUACAACUGAGGGCCAAGUAUUUCUUGGUGACACUGUAAUGACCGACGGAGACAAACCGGUUACCCUUGCCGAGUUAUUGGAGACCAUAACAGGAGUAGAGGUGGUGUGUGACGGUGACCUGCCGUCCGGACUCUGCUUGUCAUGUUCCAGCUCGGCAUUCGUAGCCGGCAACUUUCGGACACUGUGCCAACAAGCUGCCAAACAUUGGGACGCGACAUUGGCACUGCUUCAGAACAUACCAAACGCAGACGACGCUCCCACAGUGUUUGUGGUGAUCGGUAAAGACGAAAUGACCCUGGUUGACGUUGAUGAGCAAGGUAUAGAGUCGGCUAAAUUAGCAGCGCACCGGCUGACUGCACAGUUGAAGCCAAAAGCAGGUACGAACAGAAACACAGUCAAAACCUUCCGCUGUCAAUGUCCGACGUGUGGAAAGAAGUUUUUGUAUGCCCAACAUUUGUUCCAACAUUUGAAAGAGUCAACCGACUUGAAGAGAGCUUGCUACAUAUGCGCAGAAGUCAUGUCUAGGGACGAUUUGGUUGCGCAUUUGUCAAAAGUCCAUAAUAAGAAGCCUUACAAAUGCAAGCAAUGUCCUGCACUGUUCUGGUCGGAACCUCAGUUCACGAGCCACCUGAAACAGGCCCACGCGCCUGGUGCUUGCACGUGUGGCGACUGUGGCAGGAAUUUCCAAUCGUCACACGCCUACCAUGCUCACUUAUCCGUUCACGCUGUAAAGACGUGUCCAGGUUGCGACCAGUCAUUCCGAAACCAGACCUGUUACUUGCACCACGUGAAGAAAUGUUGCAACUUGGACAAAAAUAGGAAAGACACACACCACACGAAGCACAAAGUGACGGUGGAAGUUAAAAAUAGAAAGAGCGAGAAGAGGAAACGGGUAGGACUGCGUGGGAGCGCCUCGAACGAAUGUAUCUGUGAUUACUGUGGCAAAACGUUUGCAGGAAAGAAAUUUGUUGGCGCUCACAUACAAAUUGUCCACAUGAAGAACACACACAGACCUUGCAUCUACUGCGGGAAGUUCCUGGCGGCCGCGCACAUGACCGAACAUGUCAAAACUCACGAGUUAGUUCGCAGUUACAAAUGUAAUUGCUGUGGUAUCGUACUGAGAAGCAGAUUGGGCUAUAUACAGCAUAUGCGCUUGCACACCGGCGAGAAGCCUUACGCGUGUAGUUACUGCAACGAAACAUUCUCGGCAUCUUCCAGAAGAUCAGAACACGUACGGAAGGUCCACAAAUGUCAGAAGGUGCUACGGCACGGAUGUGAUUUCUGUCCUGCUCGGUUCAAUCUACCAUAUAGGUUGAGGAAGCAUGUAGCCACGGCGCAUAGCUCAGAAGCCGGAGCCCAGGUGCAGUUUGAGUGUUCCGAAUGCCACGAGAAGUUUGGCAGCUGCCGAGGACUGCUGCAUCACAGUCGGAAGCACCAGCACAAAGUGGCACCGCCAAACGAAGAGUACAAUAUCCAAGUGUAGUUAGCCUUUGAAAUUGGAAUUGAAAUAAUUGUUUUUAAAAUAUUGUCUUGUAUCCUGUUUAUAUAUUUUUAUUAUAUGUAUGAAUAUAAAUAAAUGUUUGAA